AUGAGGAAAAUGCAAGAACAUUUCAUCGCCCUAGAAGAAAUUCAGGAAGAGUCAAGGGAUAGGGGAGUACAAGAGGCUUGUGUGGUGCCCGAGUCGACAUCGGACGAUAUUCAAAGGCUGCCCGAGAAGAGACCGAGCCCACGUACGCGAGGAAAUGGGAAGAAGGAAUGGGUGGCUAAAGGAAAGAGGCCGAGUUUUGAUGGGACCGUAACCAUCCCAAAGAGCGAAGUAACUUUAAGGGUAUCGGAUGGAGGUGGUUACCUAGAUACUUUAACCACAUUCUGUGUGGUUGAUGUCGCCUCGCCCUAUGAAGUUAUAAUCGGAAGACCAUGGAUCGCGGGAAUCAAAGGAGUGGCAUCGGCCUAUCAUCAAAGGCUACGAUUCCCAACAUACAAGGGGAUAGCUGAGGUUGUAGGAGAUCCACAGGCAUCCCGACAGUUCAUGCAGGUCGAUGCCCAGAUAAAUGAGGAGCGGCGAGCACGACAAAGGGGAGAGAAGAAAAGAGCUAAAGAAUCCAAAGUCGCGGAAGAACUGGAAAGAGUUAUUUCGCAGGCGGUCAUGACUUACGAAGCACAAGGAAACGAGCCUUCAUAG